GUAAUUUUUGAGAGGAUUAAUUUCCUCAAUUAUGUGUGAAUCCUACAAAAAAGUGCAAAUCUCCAACGAAGAAGCAAGCAAAGAAAGGCCGAAGCUGUUCCUAGAGUCCGGGGCCAAAAACGGUUAAUAAAAAAUAGAAGAUUCGUGACCACCAAUCAGAUUACUUCCCUCCAUUUGUGUUAUUUCGUGCUGUAUUAUUUUGUGAGAGAGAAGUAGAGGUAGCCGGUACGAGAUUUGCAUUUCUACAGAGAAGUAAAUAGUCAAGUUGUAUUUAUAAGAUGCAAUGACCACCAAUUUAUUGAGAGUUCAAUUUGUCGAAGAAAACGGGGCGAUCAAUAUUGCUAUAAUAAGCAGUAAUUGGCUAAUACCUAAGAAAAGAGAAAGCUUUUGGCCUCCAUACAAGAAGCAAUACCAAUAUGAACAAUCAUUAAAGAAAAAUGAAACACCAAACAUUGAAACAUGGACUCUGCACAAAAUUCAAAAAGUUUUAUUUACUGAGAAAGAUAAUGAUUACCACAAGGCUAAGAAACAAUUAGAAUUUUGCGAAGAGAAUUCAGACAUACCGUCUGAUUUUGAUACAGCACUAAAGAAAUUAAACACAAUUGAUAAGCCACGUAAUAGGAAGCGACCUAAUCACUAUUGUGGAAAAUGCGAAGAUAGUGAUGAACAAAGCGAUAGUGAAAAAGAAUUAUUAAAUCAUGGUAUUAACAAAAAGAAAUGCAACAAUAAACGUUUAUUACGGCCUCCAGUAAUUUCAUCAGAUGAUGAAUUACAAGUAAACGGUGAACCUGUAAUCACAGUUCCUAAUAUUCCGCUUGUGGAAAGAUUUGCUAGUAGAUCAAAUACUCCAAUUGCUAGUACAUCAAAUACUCCAAAUGCUUUAGUUGCAAAAAAUGAUAUUGCACAUUCGUCUCCUAAAAAUAUUAAAUUAGUUAAAUCGUUAGACGAAUUAUGUUUUGUAUUUGGCAAGUUUGGGUGGUAA